CAUCGUCGACUCUACUUCCCGCGCUGCACUGCGGCCUCCCUCUUCCUCUUCCGGUCUCGGAGGCUUCGGCAGCCGCGGGUUUCGGUGUAGACAUGGCCAAGUCCAAGAACCACACCACACACAACCAGUCCCGAAAGUGGCACAGAAAUGGCAUCAAGAAGCCCCGAUCACAAAGAUACGAAUCUCUUAAAGGGGUGGACCCCAAGUUCCUGAGGAACAUGCGCUUUGCCAAGAAGCACAACAAGAAGGGCCUGAAGAAGAUGCAGGCCAACAAUGCCAAGGCUAUGAGUGCACGGGCUGAGGCCAUCAAGGCCAUCGUCAAACCCAAGCACGUGAAGCCCACCAUCCCCAAGGGAGUCAGCCGCAAGCUCGAUCGACUUGCCUACAUCGCCCACCCCAAGCUCGGGAAGCGUGCUCGUGCCCGCAUGUCCUGCGGUGCCAGGCUGGCUCGGGCAAAGGCCAAGGCAAAGGCUAAGACCGAGCCUCAGAUCAAGGGCAAGGUCAAAGCUCAGGUCAAGGCUGAAGCCAAGGCUCAGCUCAAGGGAAAGGCUAAGCCCAAAGCCCCAGCCCAGGCUGCACCCGCAGCGGCUACUCCAGCUCAGCCAUCUCCCAAAGGUGCCCAGCCCCCCACGAAGGCUCAGUAGAGACAGCCUCUGCUGGCCACUGCAGGGACAGAAGGACUGGUGUGACCCCUAGGCUGCUGUCCUCCUGUGCUGUUUGUACAAAUAAACCUGAGACAGGA